AACAAAGUCGGAUAUUAACCAUGAACUCGGAGCAGAUCGAUCAACCCAGACCUCAGGGUUGUGGCUACAGCCAAAAUCUAGUCAAAUCUCGGGCUGUUUUCAUACUAAUCCUACCCAAACCUAACCAUAACCCCAACGUUUGGAUGUGUGGAACGGGCCAGUUAAUUGCACUGCUCUUGGCAGAUUGCGUUGAGCAUUAUAAUUUUGGAUUAUGUGUUUGCAUGUGUUCUUCUCGCCUCUUUUUUUUUCAAGUCGCGCUAGUUGCCCUAUGUAGUAAAUUUGGCCCUGUGAUUUCUGAUCUUCGAAUGGAAAAGGGAAUAAGGAUGAUAACUUUUUUCGCCCUGUAAAUUAUAUUUAUUCGUUUAGCUUUGAUUCGAAGCUAAUUACAAUUGAAAAUGAUGAUCAUUUCCGACUGGACUUCAUCAUCAGGUUGAAGGUCUACAGACAAUAUAUCUUGCUUUUGAUUGAGAAAAGCAAUGUCACUGAUUCAAUGCAGAGAGCUGUGCAAGCAGAUCCAACGAAGAGUCCUGUUACAAAGGAUGCUGCUAAGAUCACAUUUGCAAACACUACACUAAAAAGUCCUGUUUAUUUUAGGACACAAUCUACCCUUGUGCCAGCUAUGGACAAGCACAACUUUACAUCAAUGCCACAAUGGGAAUUUGAGGAUCUCUAUCGAUUGGAUCCACAGUUUAAACAGAGUGAAUGCAUAACGUCCUUGCGGAAUUCCAGUGAUCCAGAAUUUACGAAGACAUUUAUUCCUAACAUUCAGCUGUUUUUACAAAGUGAUCAUCUUAAUGUUAGUGAGUGGAACCGGCUUUAUCACUUCAACAACCCAUUUGGCUAUAUGGGAAUGAAUUACACAGCCAUUAAAGCAGCUGUUGACACCAUCCCUAAACUUAAUUCGACCCAGUUAUUGCCAGUACACACAGGUACAGAAGAUGGCUGUAUUCGCUGUGCUGUUGUCGGGACAUCAGGCAUUCUUAAUGGCUCCAGACAAGGAGCAGAGAUCGACUCUAAUCAUUAUGUGUUCAGGAUGAAUACAGCAAUUAUAGCAGGACACGAGGAGGAUGUUGGGAAAAGGACGUCAGUUUAUGUGCACACAGCACAUUCAAUAAUCAGUUCCCUCAUUUUACAGAAAAAGAGAGGCUUCAAACAAAUUCCUACUGACGAGGAUAUUAAAUAUGUUUUAAUCCCAGAGGGUCCAAGAGACUACAACUUUCUCGAGUCCCUGAUGAAGAACAGAAAAAUACCAUCAGGAGCAUAUCGGGGAAGAACGCCAAGGAAAUAUUAUAGUGGGCAUUUCAACGAAAGCUCCUACUACAUCCUACACCCUGACUUCCUCAGAUAUGUGCGGAACAGGUUUCUUAAGGCAAAACGGUUACAAAGUAAAAGUUGGUGGAUAGUCAGACCGACUAAUGGAGCCUUUACUCUACUGUUGGCUAUGCAAACGUGUGACAUUGUGCGAGUCUAUGGUUUCAUCACAGCUGACUAUCAGAAGUAUCCAAACUACUACUAUGAUACUAAACACACCAAACUAGUGUUUUUUGCCAAUCACGAUUAUCGCUUGGAAAUGAACACUUGGAAGAAACUUCAUGAUGACAAACAUAUCUGGUUGUAUCUGAGAAAAUCUGAUAUCUAGGUCAGAAAUUGGGACCCUUACAGAAGUGGUCUUGAAAUACUCAAUUACUAAAUGUAAUUUCACCAGGAGAUUAAAGGGAGUAACGGGAAAAGAAGUGACACUUUUGUAUAUUGUCUUGUUACAAUUUAUAAGAAAAAGUUUUAUAAAUUGGAAUUCAUUUCCAUGUUGUAUUUUUGUAUUGUGAAAUAAAGAUAUCUAACACUACCAUAGUAAGUUAAGUCAGUGGAUGUGUUAUCCUCUCAUAUAGAGGAGGUUGUAGGCCCCCAGUCUUUCUCAA